GCCAUCAGUGUGUACAUUAGUUCCAUGGCGUCUGCCUGCAAAUUUGCUGCUCUUAUGAAAUUCCGUUUCCUGCCGUGUUACACUUAGUUCGGGACUCUGAUGGAGUUCCCCGAGGACUUCACACAUAAGAAUGAUGCAUGUUUUCACUGCACCGGCUUCUACGGGCCAAACUUUAUUCAGCCCCUGUGUACCACCUGUCACUCCUUCCUCUACCCAGAUGAUCCCUCUAAACUACCCAGUGUUGGCCCAUAUCAAGAGAAAACUGAUGAUGGAGAUUCGGGGAAUGAAGAACCACGUGAACCUGGAGACUAUUAUCAGACGCAGGAACAAGUCCAGCAGCCACAGCAACAACAGCAUUAUCAGUUACAUCAUAUAGAACAGCAGUUCCAGCAGCAGGCACAACAACAGGAGGGAAGUGUUGGGACAAAUGUGUUAGUGAACAGCGAAACAGAAACUGACGACUAUGAUUUUGUGGAAGGUGCUGCUGCAGAUAGCAUGGAUGUUGGCAUUAGUGAAUCACCUAUAGCUUCUGCUGUUGAAUUAUCUGGUGCAGGGAUAUCAACCGGCAUGUCUGGAACUACAGGAGGACAGCCGCUGGCCAGUAUUGCUGGGACCUCCGGGACAGUCAGUGUUGGCAUUUUAGGAAGUAUGGUUGGUGGAGCUGCAGCAAGUGUGGGUGUUAAUUCAAGUGCUGGUAUGCUAGCCAUGGGAUCAUCAGGUGGAGGAUUACCUGGAGCUACUGGAGGACUACCUGGAGCUGGAGGAGGACUACCUGGAGCUGGAGGAGGACUACCUGGAGCUGGAGGAGGGUUAUCUGGACCUGGAGGAGGAUUAUCAGGAAGAAAUAUUGCUGGUCAAGGAGGAGGUGGCGGUAGUCUUCGAUUGCCAGAUACAAGGAGACCUCUUGUUAUGAACGCUGAUGGAAGAAUGGUUGCAGUACGGGAGACUCUUCAAGAGCAGAUAAUCAAUCUAACUUGUCCUCGCCCUCCAGAAAACCUCGACCCAACCCUGAUACAUCGCAUGCCUCCAGAAGUUUGGGUGUUGGUGUUUGAUCUUCUGGAUGACAUGACAUUGUGGUCUGUGGGGCGUGUGUGUCGCCGUUGGCAGGAGCUAGUGAACCGCUAUGUGUCUGAUGAUCAGUGGCAGAAGUAUACACAGUGUAGAUGGCCACUGUAUACACCUCUCUUCAAGGAUGUUCCCUGGCAGAUGGUGUAUACCAAGUUGACAGAAAGUGCUCCCUGUCACAUGUGUCUUCACCAGAUGUCCCUUCUCACACCACCUCACAACAGUGAAAAUUCAUGGAGAAGAAAUCGUCUGCGAAAUGAACUUAGAACACUUCGGUCGGACCCACCUGAAGGUAUACAAGCGUCACCAUUGGAUAAGAUGUCUCUGCACUGGCAGGCUUCAAUACGUGGUCCUGGGGGUUCCCCAUAUGAGGGAGGGACAUUUUUCUUGUAUAUCCAAAUACCUCAUAGCUACCCACUGUGUCCACCCAUUGUGCGCUUUAUCACCAAGAUCUUCCACCCUAAUGUCUCCAGGCACGGAGACAUUGGGAUCGACUCCAUACAGCACAACUGGUCUUUAGCUCUCACCAUCUCCAAGGUCCUUAUUUCAAUACAGUCACUACUCACUGAUCCAUACACCAAGGUAUGUAUGGAACCUGAGAUAGGGAGAUUGUAUGAUACUGACAAAAAACAGUUUGAGUGUGUGGCCACAUCUUGGACCUGGAAGCACGCCAUGCAUGAUGCCCUCAUCCCAGAGCCGGUCCAAACUCCCACCCUGAGGCGCAGUUUUGGAACAUGUGGCACUUCAUCUGGGUCAUGAGAGGAGUGUCAGACUCGUGUCACCCUACAUUUAGUUUCAUCUGGUGGACAAACUUUAAGAUACCAGAGAACAUGUAAAAACAAGCAGAAAAUGGUCUUAAAGUGCUUUCUUCUUGUCGUCUUUUGUCUGGCCCAUAGAAUGUAGUAAGUUGACCAUGGAGUUAUGUUCAUAUUAAAGCUAGUACUCGGCUGUCAUCAUUAAGUGGAUGAGCAAAAGGUGUUGUUAUGCCAUUUCAUGUUAUUCAGACAUUACAAUAUUAACACAGUAAAGUCCCAUUGUAUACAAAAAGAGAUCCGGACCAAAGCACUAUUCAGAAUAUUGUAGUGAAAUUAUCUGUGAAAUGAAGUUUGUCAAUUGUAAUCAACAGAAUACUUCUCUUUUGACAAGAAGCUUCCUUAUACUAUGUCUGCCCUUUAAGACACUCUACAGAGUAUUCAAAAGAUACAUUAGUUUCUAUAAGGUUAUAAAACUGCUUCACUUCACUGCUCUGUCCAUAACUAAGCGAAAAUCUCAUUUAACUUUGGAAACUUGAACUUUAUUCUAUGGUAUUUGUUUCUGGGACUUCCUCACUGCCUCAAUGACUCCAAGGUGGUGUAAAUCACCUGUUUAUGCUCUGGAGUAGGUAAUGCUGGAGACCAUUGAACUUACUGUAUUUUGGAUACCAUAGUUAAAAUAGGGAUGCAGUUAAUGAACACAAACUAAACAUGUUUAUCGAGUAUAUUAAGACUCUUUGUUUCCAUCAUGCAUAGCAGCUAAUUGUGGAGCAACUCAAUGCCAAGUUUAGCUGUUUUGUAAUUUAAUUCUUUCCAUUUUAAAAAACUGUACAGUACCAGUAUUGUGUAACCAGUCUUGCAUUUGGAAAAAAGAGAUUUUCAUUAGGUUGCAUAUGUGUGAUAAUGGGAUUUUACUGUACAGUACUGUAUAUUGCUUGGAAUUUAUUCUGCUUAUCCAUUUAAAUUUACAAAAACUUUGAUGGAACAUUUUGCAACUGUUAAGAUGCAUUCUUGUUGGUGAAAUUUAUGAAAAUGUUUCCUGUGGUCACUAAUCUCAGGGAUGUGCAAACUACAAAAUCCUAUGAACAUGUCAACACUUUUUUGGAUCAAUGCACAAGAUAUAAAAUGGUGUACGUAAGUGCGCAUAAAAGCCUUUCAUUAAUUCAUACUUUUAUGCAAAACAUCAUUAUUCAGAGGCAACAACCACACAAUAAUACAGGAAUUCAAGGAAGUUUGAUACUAAAAAUUAGCAAUUCAAAAAGCUCUUCAUAAAACUGUUGAUAAUUCACAGAGCAAAAUGACACAGACCAGACAACAGAUUAUAUUCUGGUGAAUUUGUACCUAUUGGUUAAAAUGAAUUUACAGCUCUGAAAAUAUAAUCUGGUCAUGAAUAUGAAAAGAUAUUUGACGGAUUCCAUUAAUUUAAGCUUCAGGCAUGUAGAAACAGAAGGUGACUCUAGACAACUGUGCAAUACUUGCAAUCAGUCACGUGUAACUCACAAAGUAAAUACCAUAGAACAUUAUUUAACUCACGUUCAUGGAACAUAAGACGACGACACCAAGAGCGCUCGGUCAAGAUCACGUGCAGGAUGAAUGUAACCAAGAGUGAACACAACCUCUGUUUCCUGUACUUUUCAUCCUUGUACUCUUCCUGCUAUAACAUAUAAGCCACUCAACAUCAAACUCUCCUGUUAUUUGCAUCGUUUAACAGUCAACCUUCAUAUUCACAGACAAUAUUAUGUUGUGCUUAAAUCACAUCUUGAAAUACUAUACUGUAUGUAAGGUAUUUAAAAAUUUUUGGAGAAUUUCAAUAUCAGCGGCUAAACUGAUAUUAAAAAGCUCUCGUGCCUUUCAUGUCAAAUACUAUAACUUAACUUACUCACAAGAAUAUUCUCAGAAAAUUUAGUUUGUAUUUUGCAUAAUUAGAGUGAUUGCACACCCCUGGGUUUAUUUUUGGCCAUAUGAUGAUGAUGAUGAUAAAAUUAAUGUUUACAGAUGAACACAAACCUGAUAAACAUUUGGACUAAAGGAGUACUUUGAUUUACGAGAGGGAUACAUUCCUGAAAACUUUUCAUAAAUUGAGGGUUUUUUUUGUAAAUCGAAGCCAUUUUUCACAUGAAGAAAAAAUGUCCCCAAACGUAAAAAUACAAAUUAAAAAAAAAAAAUUGUGGGAAACAAUACUUCUAAGCAUAUGUAUUAAUGUUAAUAAGAUUAAUAAAACAGUAUAAUGCGUACAGUAUCAAGUUUAUUUAAUAUGUUUUAGAAUAGUGAUAUUCCGUUAGCUGGAAUAAUUAGUGCAGAUGUCUUCCGAGGAUGAGGGUUUUCCGGGUAAUAGGACGACUCUCAAACCUGGAAAAAAUCCCAUAUCCUUGGAAUUUUUCUGGGUACUGAGAAAUGUUUCUUGGAAUUUUCCAGAAUGACGUAUUAAUUUAUCCUCGGAAUUUGCUCCUAAACCCGGAAAAAAAUAUUGAUGAGAGUUUCCAGAAGAUUUCUCUGAAUUUUCCAGAAAAUGUGCAUGAUCUUCAACCUCAAAAUUUGUUCCCAGACGUGAAAAAUAAAUCUUUGGAGAGAUUUUCCGGAAUUUUCAGAAAAUACUCCUGAUUUUCAACCUCAGAAACUAGUUCACAGACCUGGAAUUGAGAGAUAUUGGAGAGUUCUGCUUAAUGGAGGUGCAGUAUUGUAUUGUAUUACUGUACACUCACCAAAAACUUCUCCAAUGCUAUAGGCACAAUGCAAUCUGAAAAAUGAACUAAGAAUCUGAAACCAUUCCGAGAUGACAAGCCCCAUUCUGCUCAUUUUCACACCCAUCGUGCCCAGGUGUUGGAGAAGUUUUGGUUGAGAGUAUACAGUAUUCUACUUAUGGAAACUAGGUGGUCGGUGUUGGGUCUAAAAAACAUUCAGAGCAAUUGAUGGAACAUUUAUGGCUAUUAUCAAGAUUAUUGGGUAUGACCUGACAAUUAAAUUCCUCUUGUUGUAUGUGGCCUGAGUUAAGGUCACUGUCAUGUUCUUGUUGGUAUGCAUAUGACAGAUUCAUCAAUUUCUUCCUCCAUAUCAACAUACCAUAAUUGAAGUACAGUAAUCAGUUAUAAAUUUGUCUCUCUUAUUUGGUGGUUGGUUAGCCAUACUGUAAUUUUAGAUCAAUACAGUAUACAGUAUCACCUUCAUAUGACAUAUUAUCUGUAGAUGUGUACUGUAUAUAAGCACAGUAAUGUUGCUACACUAGCCUGCACUACAGUACUGUACACUUUUUACUGUCUGUGUUCAGCAAGGGGAUGCCCUCAGAUGCCUGUGUCAGCAACUCAGCAGUUUCCAAUAUUAAAAAAAAAUAUGGUACUGUAAAAGUUUUUCGUAAAAGUGGGGUUUUCGUUCGUACAGUGAAGUGCUGGAAGAAAAAAUUGUAUUAUAGUAUUAGCGAAUUUUCGUAAAUCGAAGCUCUCUUGUACAGUACUAAUAUCACACUUAAAAGAAAUUUCCAAUAAUAUUUUUUGCCAUGAGUCAUAUCCACACUGGUUGAAAAAUCUCAAAGAUAAUUAUCAUGUGUAAAAUUUUCUUUCAGGUAAAAUGUACCAUGUAUUUUAUUUAACCAUUAUAUUUUUAGUACAAAUUAUUUUGUAUUCUUUUUAAUAUGUACAGUCUCGUUCAAGAUUCUCCGAACACUGCUGGAGACAGCUGGCAACUCAAGGCCGUUUGUUUACUAAAGUACGAAGUAAAAAUUAUG